AUGUUUUGCUCGCUGUGCAACAUAUUUUCGGAAAAAUUAACCCUGCCAGAUGCCGACCAACGUCCGGAAUAUUUUUACGUUCAAAAACGACUGGAUAGUGGGGGGUUCAGCACGAUCGAUCUCGUCGCAUCAAGCCACAAUCAAGAAUUUUUUGCUCUAAAGCGGAUCAGAUGUUUUGCGGAGGAAGACAAGACCAAGGCUUUAAAGGAGGCCAAGUUGCAUUCAUCCCUACCGCAGCAUGAAAACUUGCUGGCCUGCAUUUCCUUCGCCUAUCAUCCACUCAAACCGGUCGCGGGAAAUCAAAACGCAAUGGGUGAAGUCUUGCUCCUUCUCCCGAGAUGUAAGGGCCGUAGUCUUCACUGUCUGUUGGAAGGCUUCAAAAACACAAAUUCCUAUCUCCCUGCGCACGAAAUCCUACGCAUUUUAGCCGGAGUAGCGAGCGGCUUGCAGGCCCUUUUUGGCCAAAACCUGGCACACAGAGAUAUUAAACCUGGCAAUGUUUUGUUUGACGCCAGCAAUAAUCCUCUCUUGAUCGACUUCGGUUCUAUGACCGCAGCAGAGAUACACAUUUCUUCUGCGUCAGAGGCAGCAAUAUUCAGCGAUUUUGUCGCCGAAAAUUGCACGAUGCCAUAUAGAGCCCCGGAAUUAUUUCAAGUCACCACAGGCUCCGUAAUUACGGAGAAGGCGGAUCUUUGGUCUCUUGGAUGUCUCCUCUACGCACUCUGUUUUUAUGAGUCUCCAUUUGACAAAAUUCAUUCCAUGGGUGACAGUAUUGCCUUGGCUGUGACUUCGGGCAGGAUCCGGUUUCCCGCGAACAAGGAUACGUUUCGCGUCCAUCAAUCAUAG